AAAGACAAGUCGAAACUCUCCAGAGUCUGGAUCCCUAGCUGAGUGCUGUCCCUCGAGCAACCAAUUUCAGAGACGUCACAAGUCGUGAGCAACGUGCUUUUUGAUCUUACACCCACCAUGGUCGCCUCCAGGAAACUGUUAUUCCCCAUUGAUGACACAGAACAUACACUAAAUGCCUUUAAAUAUUUCUUGGACAAGUUUCGUUUGGAUGACGAUCACGUGAUUCUCUGUCACGUGGUGAAAGGGAUCUCCGUAUCAAAUGCCGCAGAGAGGGAAAAGCUGCUGGACGAGGCGAUGCAAAAAAGCAAAAAGGAUCAUGAAAAACUAGCGGAAAAAUACCGUCUAGAGGCAAAGGAUAUUGAAAGGUUGACGUUGAGCUUCGAGCUGGUUUUCGGCAAGCCCGGGGAGUCUAUUGUCCAAUUCGCCAAGGAGGAGAAAGUCGAGGCCAUCGUGAUGGGGAGUAGAGACCUGGGCACUUUUGCACGAGCCCUUAAUAGCAGCGUCAGCAAUUAUGUAGUACAUCAUGCGGACCUUCCUACCGUCAUAAUACCAAGAAAGCAAACAGCGGAGGCGAAACAAGCCUAGACUGGACUAAUUUUCAAGUAUUGUUAGCCCUAAAUUUGAUGAGCAAAAAAGGAAUUAUGUUAAUGUUUUCGUAGCCUACUAGUAGGCGUUUAUUGGUGUUUCCGCGAAGAAAACCCGGAUUUCGCUUCGAAUGGCCCCUUCUUGAAUUACGACCGCGCACAAACUGGAUAUGAGUACAAAAAGGCAAAAGCUGGUGAGAGGGUUGGGGGGAAGAGAGUUCUUUCGCCUCUCUCGCGGAAACACCAACAACGCCUACAAAUAGCUAAUGUUUUCGAUUCACUUGCUUACUAAUAACACAGACAGUAGGUAGAAUCAAGAAACAAGUAGUAAUCUUAACGGAUGUAUUAGUUCUUGUCUUUCCCUCUUUUGAUAUUUCACGUAACUCUCUCCCCACCCAAGAGCUAUUUUAUUGUUCUUGAACCUUUUUGGGAUUUUUUUUUCUAUCAUCAUGUCUAUCCAUAAUGAAAUGUUCUUCGCACUCCGCUCCUUGCAUGAUGACGUGCACCAGCACAUCCAUUUGCGUAAAAAUAAACUGUUAUAAAAAAACAA